AUGGGGAAAUCCAGAACCUCACAUCCAAUGAGUCCGGUUGGAGGCCAUUUGAAGGAAGAGAUUGUGGAGGUGAUAGUCGGCAACUACCAUCGCGGAAGCAGCUUCCACGACGGCCCAGAUGCUGACUCGGUUAAAGAGGAAGAACCGAAAGAUGACGACUACCUCUACUGUGAGGACUGCAGAACUUUCUUCUUCAACAAGUGUGAGGUUCACGGUCCGGCUGUCUUUAUCCCUGACAGCCCUGCUCCAAUAGGGGCUGCUGAUCGUGCCAGACAGACCCUUCCUCCUGGUCUAGAGGUUCAGAUGUCAGAUAUUCCUGAUGCAGGUCUGGGAGUGUUUAAUAUGGGGGAGACUGUUCCCAUUGGGGCCCAUUUUGGACCCUACCAGGGAGAGCUGGUGGACCAGGAGGAAGCCAUGAACAGUGGAUACUCCUGGGUGAUUUGCAAGAGCAGAGAGUGUGAAGAGUACAUAGAUGCCGAGAAAGAGACUCAUGCAAACUGGAUGAGGUACGUGAACUGUGCCCGUAACGAAGAGGAGCAGAAUCUGGUUGCGUUCCAGUAUCGAGGGGAGAUUUUCUAUCGCUGCUGUCGACCCAUCAAACCGGGGCAGGAGCUCCUGGUGUGGUACGAAGAGGAUUACGCCAAAGAUCUCAGCAUCAUCUUUAACUACCUUUGGCACAGAAAGAGCUCCGCAAACGAAUUAAAAGACGCCCUUUUGCAGGUUUUCUCCUGCUCCUUGUGUCCACUGUCCUACACAGCUGAGAUUUACCUGCACAAGCACAUUAAACGAUGCCACCAUGACGAGUUCUUAAAACUGCAGAAAUCCGGAGAGAUUAAAUUCGAUAACCUGAUGUUCACGAGGAGUUCAGGUAGUACACAAACAUCUGGAUCUCUGUGCGGUAGCAGCGCUCAAGGACAAUCGCAUGACAAACAUUUUUACUGCUUACAUUGUGGAAUGAGUUUCACUUUGCUGAGCACUUUCAAAAAGCACCAGCGCACUCACACUGGUGAGAGGCCGUAUUUCUGCUCAGAAUGUGGAAAGAGUUUCACUCAACCGAAUGCUCUGCACCAGCACCAGCGCAUUCACACGGGAGAGAAGCCGUAUCGGUGCUCGGAGUGUGGAAAGAGCUUCCGUCAGAACAGUCAUCUCAAGCUGCAUCUCCGCAUCCACACGGGAGAGAAGCCGUAUCGGUGCUCGGAAUGCGAGAAGAGUUUUCCCGACCACAAUGCUCUCCAGAUACACCAGCGCAUUCACACAGGGGAGAAACCGUAUCACUGCUCCGACUGCGGGAAGUGUUUCCGCCAUCAGAUCACUCUCCGACUGCACCGGCGCAUUCACACCGGGGAGAAGCCGUAUCAGUGUCCGCUCUGCGAGAAGAGGUUUUCUCACCAGACCACGUUCAAACAGCACCAGCUCAUUCACACGGGAGAGAAGCCCUACCAGUGCUCGCAGUGCGGGAAGCAUUUCACUCAGAGAAACGCCCUCCAAAGGCACAAGGGCAUUCACUUAGGGGAGAAGCCGUACGAGUGCUCGCAGUGCCGAAAGAGUUUCACCAGCCAGAGUGCUCUCCAGCAGCACCAGCGCAUUCACACAGGAGAGAGGCCCUAUCGCUGCUCGCAGUGCGAGAAGAGUUACACUAAGCAGAGUAAUCUGCAGCGACACCAGCGUGUUCACACAGGAGAGAAGCCCUAUCACUGCCAAGUGUGUGGAGAGAACUUCAUUUAUUCAACCACAUUAAAGAGACACAAGUGUCCUGUUACAGCCGUAACCCUGUGACGAGUAAAAAACUGGGUUACAUUACAUUUUCCUCAUACUGUGUAGGAUUACGGGCCUUGCUCAGGGGCCCAAUGGUGACAGCCUGGCAGUGAUGGGGCUUCAACCAGUGACCCUUUGAUUACCAAUCUAGUACUUUACCUGCUAGGCUACAACUGCCCUGUGUUAGUGCACUUUUCUGGCUGACAUUACCAUGUCCAGAUCCUAAACCUACCAGAGCUCUUCUAGCUUCUGCUGCUUUUUAAAGAAAUAGAAGCCCCGUGUUUAUAAAUGGUGCUGAUUAUGACCAACUUGUUCCCAAAUGUACUGAUUUCAGACAUAAUCGGUAUGUUGGUCUUUAGCUCGUUCCACAGGUUACCUGUGGGGUUUAGUCCUGAGUCAUGGCUGAUUAUUUUACAACCUUGAUUCAUUGUUUUUGAGGUGUGCUUUGGAUCGUUGUUCUGCUGCUGAAUGUCUGACCACACUCCAAUAUAAACUUCCUGGCUGAUGCAGUCAGGUUUAAUUUAAUAUCUGCAGCAUUCAUAAGUAAAAUGUUCAUUCUUGUAUAUGAUUAUGUAUAUAUGUAAAUAUUUCAAUGAUUAUACACUAUUACGUUUAUGCAUAUAAAUACUUUUUGUUCUCAUAUUUAUAAGUACAAAGUUUAAAACGUGUGUGAAUGUAAAGU